ACUGAGACGCCGCACGGUGCAGUUGAUACUCGCGUAAUUCGGCGCUCGGUGCAAAUUCCGAUUUAUUAUAUAUUCUUGUGAAAUCGUCCAAUCGAGUCCAUACCGUACCAUUGCGAGAACGGAAGAGCAGUGCCAACAAACUAGAAACGUGUCCCUAGAUUGGAUCGAUCUUCCAAACGAUCUUUGAUUUUUUUUUUUUUUUUGCUCAUUCGUUCCUCGAACGAUACCCCGUGCAAAAUGAUGCACACUAUGAGCGAACACACCGGUGGCACUGGAGGAUUGGGCGUCAGCGUGCUCCCAUUCGAUGGGAUGGGAUUGUUCGAGCAACAACGGCCCAGAUUCCUCUUCAAGAUGCCUAAGGUGGUACCCAAUCAGAAGGCCAAGUUUGAAACUGAGGAGUUAUUUAGGAGGCUGAGUCGCGAGAGCGAGGUCAGAUACACCGGCUACCGAGAUAGACCAGUCGAGGAACGCCAAGUGCGCUUUCAAAAUGGUUGCCGGGAAGGUUAUACGGAGAUCGCGUUCGCUGCGACGGGCACCAAUCUCCAGCUAGUUUUCGGCAACGCGUCCGGAAAUUACGGCGGCGACAUAAAUGAUUGCGAUUUUGAGAAGGAGCGCGGCAAGGUACACCUGAGAUCCCGGCUGAUCAUGAACGGCGUGUGCGUGAUGUGGCGCGGAUGGAUCGAUCUCGAGAGGUUGGACGGCGUCGGUUGUCUCGAGUAUGACGAGAAACGCGCCGCCGAAGAGGACGCCCUACUCCGGGACCAGCUCGAGCGUUACAACCAACGCGUGCGCGAUUUUGACGAGAAGCAACGGGCUUACAGGAGCUCGGCCGCACAGCCGCCACACUUGAACCACCAUCACCACCACCAUCAUCACCACGGUCAUCACGGCCACCACGUGACGGGGGCAGCGGCGGGGACUACGGGCACCAUCGAGGCCACCCACCUCACCCACCGCCAGGAUCCAGAGAUGGAGGUGAGGCUGAGGGCUUACUGAGGCAGCGAGAAGGCCGCCACCACCGAGACCAGUUGAGCUCUUUUCAAUCUGGGAGCGACACUCCGCUUCCUCGAGGAGAAAAAAAAGAAGAGGAAGAGGAAGAGGAAGAGGAGGGACGAAGAGUCGCGAGAGGAGAAGAGAGGAAUAUUUGAACGACGAUUCGUUCGGAUGGAUGGAUGGAUGGAUCUGUGGGCAGAUGUCUGUGAUGAGAGAAGAAUGAUCGUUUUAUUCAUUAUAUGUAUAUUGUUUCUUGAAUUUUGAUUCAUUUUUUUUUUUUCAAGUAGAUUCGAUAAAGGAAUCUUAAAAUUAUUUAAAAUUUAUUUAAAUUAUUUUUGGG